CAGCUUCUGGGCUCUCCACGACGCUCGCGGCCCAGCGGGGGAGGAGAAGCCCCCAGAUCCUGUCCGUUGCCCCCCAAUUCAGCCCAUGCGGCUCCCCGUCCCCACGGAGCGCAGCCCUGAAGGAUGUCCCAGCUCUCCUCCACGCUGAAGCGCUACACAGACUCGGCCCGCUACACGGACGCCCCGUUCGCCAAGUCCGGCUAUGGCACCUACACCCCUUCUUCCUACGGGGCCAACCUGGCCGCCUCCUUCCUGGAGAGGGAGAAGCUUGGUUUGCGACCAGGCCCCCCGGCCAGCUUCCUCGCCCGGCCCCGUACCUACGGCCCCUCCUCCAUCCUGGACUACGACAGGGGCCGCCCCCUGCUGAGAACAGACAUCCUGGGGGGCGGCCGGAAGGCGGAGAGCCAGCCGCGGAGCACAGAGCGGCCUGCGGGGACUGGACUCAGCGGGGGCAGUGGGUUCCCUUACGGAGUAACCAACAGCUCGCUCGGCUACCUGACCAUGAGCGCCCGCAACCAGGGGCUGACCUUGACCCAGAAGAAGUCCAACAGUCAGUCGGACCUGGCCCGGGAUUUCUCCAGCCUGCGGACGUCAGAGAGUUGCCGGAUGGACCCGGGGAACCUGGGCCGCAGCCCCAUGCUGGCCCACACGCGCAAGGAGCUGUGUGCCCUGCAAGGGCUCUACCAGGCGGCCAGCCGCUCCGAGUACCUGGCCGACUACCUGGAGAACUAUGGUCACAAGGGCAGCACACCUCAGGUGCCCACGCAGGCCCCUUCCUCGCGCGUCCCUGAAGUCCUCAGCCCCACCUACCGACCCAGCGGCCGGUACACUCUGUGGGAGAAGGGCAAGGGCCGCUCCGGCUCCCCGGGGCGAGACACCAUGAAUUCUAAGAGCGCCCAGGGUCUGGCUGGUCUUCGAAAUCUUGGGAACACGUGCUUCAUGAACUCCAUCCUGCAGUGUCUGAGCAACACCCGGGAGCUGAGAGAGUACUGCCUGCAAGGCCUGUACGCGCGGGACCUCAGCCACAGCAGCCGUGCGCACGCCACCCUCAUGGAAGAGUUUGCAAAGCUGAUCCAGACCCUGUGGACUUCCUCUCUCAACGACGUGGUGAGCCCGUCGGAGUUCAAGACCCAGAUCCAGAGAUACGCCCCGCGCUUCGUGGGCUACAAUCAGCAGGACGCCCAGGAGUUUCUCCGCUUUCUCCUGGACGGGCUCCACAAUGAGGUCAACCGGGUGUCGGGGAGGCCGAAGUCCAGCCCUGAGAACCUCGACCACCUUCCUGAUGACGAGAAAGGGCGACAGAUGUGGAGGAAGUACCUCGAACGGGAAGACAGCCGGAUCGGGGAUCUCUUCGUCGGGCAGCUGAAGAGCUCCCUGACGUGUACGGACUGCGGCUACUGCUCCACCGUCUUUGACCCCUUCUGGGACCUCUCGCUGCCCAUCGCUAAGCGGGGCUACCCCGAGGUGACUCUGAUGGACUGCAUGCGGCUCUUCACCAAAGAGGACGUGCUGGACGGUGACGAGAAGCCGACCUGCUGCCGCUGCCGAGCCAGGAGACGGUGCAUAAAGAAGUUCUCCAUCCAGAGGUUCCCGAAGGUCUUGGUGCUCCAUCUGAAACGGUUCUCAGAGUCCAGGAUACGAACCAGCAAGCUCACGACGUUCGUGAAUUUUCCCCUCCGAGACCUGGACUUGAGAGAAUUCGCCGCGGAAAACACCAACCACGCUGUUUACAACCUGUACGCCGUGUCCAAUCACUCCGGGACCACCAUGGGCGGCCACUACACAGCCUGCUGCCGGAGUCCCGUGACCGGCGAGUGGCACACGUUCAAUGACUCCAGCGUCCUCCCCACCUCGUCCAGCCAAGUGCGCACCAGCGACGCCUACCUGCUCUUCUACGAAUUGGCCAGCCCACCCUCCCGAAUGUAGCAGCUACCUCCCUCUCUCCCUUCCACCGGUGGCCCCGCGCCCUCAG